AUGCAUGUCUGUCGCCAUUGGAGAGAUGUUGCUUUGAACCAGGCAGAACUGUGGACCUUCAUCUCCGACCACCGAGCCGACAGAAUCGGCGUGCUUCUCGAGUGGUCUAAAUCGGCGCCCUUGGAUAUCUCGCUCCAGUGUAGACCCUCAAAAUCUUCAAAAAAUCGAAUCACGCCAGCCAUCGAGUCUCUAAUCCGACAAACGUUAGCCGACCGAACUAUCCUUUCGCUCGAAAUGCGUGCUUCGUUCACGACUCUGGUUGGCCGCGUCGAGCGGAUGCCUCCCGCUGCCCCAAUGCUGCACACCCUCGAUUUAUCCAACGACACACAACCCGAUGGAAAUACAGUCAUGCUACUCCCGGACGUAUUCGAAGAAGGCGCGCCACUUCUCCGCAAAGUGUCUCUCGUCCAUUGUCAUCUUCCCUGGACUUCGUCGCUGUUCGAGACGCUGACAUCCUUACGGAUGAUCGACAGGACUGCCUCCCCUCCCCCUUCCGCCAGCCUCUUUCUUGACAUUGUUGAAAAGAUGCACGGGCUGGUUGAGCUCGCGCUGGACGUUCCCAUCCCAGACCUGGAUGACCAAGCCACAAGUGAUCGACUGGUCGCUCUUCGUCAUCUCCGCACUCUGUACAUUGGUGGAAGCCUCAAGGAAUGCCACGACAUCCUGCAGCACAUGGUGAUCCCCCAGUCAGCCGAAAUAAAUUUCGAGAUCAAUGACGAGGGAGUUCUUCACGAAUCUUUGUCGUUGGUACCUCGCCGAUUGGUAGAGUCCCCCCCUUCGCAGAACGGAAACGCACCUGUCAGAUACACGGAAACGACCCCGCAGAGCUUGAAGAUCACAAAUGGCGAUGGUGGCAUGUUCACGGAUGAUUCGCUGCACCUUUCUGUCUGGACAGGGAACCACGACAUCCCGUCUUACUUGGCGAGGGGAAGAUAUUACUACGACGUGUGGGGCCCCAAUUUUGCCAUCCCCGCAAUCCGAUCCCUUCCAGCCUGGAGCAUCCGUUUCUUGACCAUCAGUGGAUACCCUCACGAACACGUAGCCCUCAGUGAGGUCCUGAGAGUCCUUGUGGCAGUGGAAGACGUCUUCGUAAGCGAGCUUGACGCCUCGGUUUUGGUCACAACCCUUCUGUACCACGAUCCCGGCGUCAGAAACCCAAUGGAACCUCGGCCAGUCGAGUAUCUCCCAGCCCUGAAGAACCUUUCAUUCGAAACCGUCGUGAUCGCUGACACGGAAGAGUGUCCGGGAAUUCUGAAGAGGCAUCCAAGGCCCGUAGAGUUGGACGAACUUUAUCAAAUGCUCGAUGGUCGCAGUGCGUCGGGCGCGAGGAUGGAGAAGCUGGAAUUUAUACAUGCGUACAAUUUGACGCAGGAUGUGGUUGCUGUGUUGGAAGAGGUGGUCAAUGAGGUUGUCUGGAAUGGGGUUGAAGAGUCAUUCACUUGCGAUGCUGCUAACCGUGGAGCCAGGUGUCCGUGUAGACAGUAG